GAGGGUUACACGGGAAUGACCACUUCCUGUUUACGCUCCGAUCUUUGGGAAAGGAACGAUGGUUUUCCCACAAGCAUGAAACAGAAGAAUGAAUUGCCGCCGUCUUUAUAAUAAGAACCGGUGAAGACCAGUUAAUACAAGGAAGCUCUCCUGACAGUUUCAUCUCCAUCCCAAACCAGCCAUGUCCUGCCGGGACAUCCACGCCACCAACGCCUUUUCCUUCAUCAUUGCUUUCGUGUCCGUGGCUGGGAUCGCUGUGGCAACGGUAAUCCCACAGUGGCGCAUAACAAGACUUGUCACUUUCAAUCAAAAUGCCAAAAACAUCAGCGUGUACGACGGGCUGUGGGCUAAAUGCGUGAAACAGGACGGAUACUCGGGCUGCUACUACUAUGAUUCAGAGUGGUACUCUAAAUUGGAUCAGCUGGAUUUGCGGCUCUUGCAGUUCUGUCUCCCAGCAGGCCUCAUGUUUGGCUUUUUAGCCUUACUCCUGUCCACCACAGGGAUGUGUAAAACCUGCUGCUGCUCCGACAAACCCGAACCAGACAUCAAGACCAUCAGAUUCUUGGUGAACAGUCCGGGCUGUCACCUCGUGGCUGGGAUGUUCUUUUUCUUGGGUGGGGCCAUCGCCAUUGCGCCCUCCGUGUGGUUCCUGUUCCGCACCAAGGAGAUGAACAUUAAAUACGAUAACAUUUUCUCUGAUGGCUUUGCCGUGUAUGUAUCCAUAGGCUGUUCAGGAGGCCUCAUGUUAGCCGCACUCCUAAUGUUCAUGUGGUACUGCAUGUGUAAGAAGCUGCCUUCACCUUUCUGGUUGCCUUUGAACUCCAUGUCUACCUCUACAUCUACUCAGCCACUCACCGCCAAUGGGUACCCGCCCUCCCCAGUUUAUGGUCCACAGACGUUCCCCCCACAGGUGUAUCCUCCUACUGUGAUCAACGCUCAGCCUCUAGGGCCCCCACAGGGCUACGUGCAAACUGUAGUGGCCCCUGCUCCACCUCAGGUGUACGUGGCUCAGCACCCUGCAGCAGAUAACUACGGAGCAGAAGUGGGGGGCGCUCAAGCCUACAACUACGCCCCCUCGCAGAGUUAUGCGCCCUCGCAGAUUUACGCCCCCUCUCAGAGUUACGCCCCCUCUCAGGUUUAUGCCCCAAGCUACGCAGGCCACCGUUACUCCACCCGCUCGCGAAUGUCAGCGAUAGAAAUUGACAUUCCUGUAUUAACUGAGCCAGAAUGAAGCCAACAGUGCAGAACUUAAUGAAGGAUGAGAUCGUUGCUAAAAUGAAAAUUACUGAAGGGUCAAUCCUUGUAGCAGUGUGGAAAGGCGGGGGGAAAGCCUUAACAUAUUUAUAGCAAAGAUCGUGAUAAUAAUGAUGAAAAUAUUUAGCAAACUAAAUGAAGACUAACAGGUAUCAUUCCAGCUUUUCACAUUCUUGCUUGUUUGUCUCUACUGAAAAUCAACACUUAAAAUGCAGCCUUUUUCAAAGUCUGUGGUUCCAAACGGGGCAUCUCCUAAGUAACCCACCCUGUAGUAUUUUUUUACUGUAACUUGAAUUAUUUUUAAUGUCGCUGUGCCUGAAGAACUGGAGCAGCUGUUAAAUUCUUAAUGCACUAAUAUUUAAAAUAAUGUUGGCUUAUUUUGUUUUGUUCCAUCCAGAUGCCUUUUUGUGUAUUUUGCAUAUCAAGCACAAAAUAACAUUUUUUGUAUGUGUUAUUCAGCAACGCUGUUGUCAGAAUUGUUUUUAAAUAAACAAAAUCUGAAUUCA